UAGGGACAAAUAGCCAAAUUCCUCAUUUACUGGGCUCCAUGGGGAACUUGAGAUACCUUAACCUCUCUGGCAUACCAUUUACCGGUACAGUGCCUUCUCAGCUUGGUAAUCUGUCUAAGUUGCAGUAUCUUGACCUUGGCCAAGCUGAUUCUUCUUGGAUCUAUUCAAUGGACAUCACUUGGUUAGCAAAGCUACCUUUCCUGAAGUUCCUUGGCAUGAGUGGAGUAAAGCUCUCAGGGAUAGCUGACUGGCCUCAUACCCUGAAUAUGAUACCAUCUUUGAGGGUUGUUGAACUUAGUCUUUGUCAACUUGAUAAUGCAAACCAAUCACUUCCGCACCUUAAUCUCACAAAACUUGAGAAGCUUGACCUCUCCUGGAAUGACUUUGAGCACUCACUUGGAUCUGGCUGGUUUUGGAAAGCAACAAGCCUCAAGUACCUCGAUCUUGAGCAGAACUCACUAUUCGGCAAGUUCCCUGACACACUAGGAAACAUGACAUACUUUCAAGUCCUUGAUAUUUCAGACAAUGAGAUCAUGAACAUGACGAUGACAAGAAACCUUCUUAAGAAUCUUUGUAGUUUGGAAAUCAUUAACCUCUCAUCUAAUGAGAUAAGUGGAGACAUAGAAGUGUUGAUGGACAGUUUGCCGCAAUGCACAAGGAAAAAAUUACAGGAGCUGGAUUUAAGUGGCAACAAGUUCAGUGGAUCUCUGCCAAACUUUAUUGGUAACUUCACCAGGUUGAGCAUACUAAGCCUCUCUGAAAACAGCCUUGCAGGACAUAUACCACCACAACUUGGGAAUUUGACAUGUCUAACCUCCCUUGAUCUCGACGACAAUCACCUGACUGGGAGUAUACCAGCUGAAUUCGGUGCCCUUACCAGUUUGACUUAUUUGGGCAUAUGCAGUAACGACCUCAAUGGGGGUAUACCGGCAGAGCUUGGGAAUUUGAGGUAUUUAACUGCUCUUUCCCUCUGGGGCAACGAAAUUGCCGGAUCUAUACCACCACAGCUUGGGAAUUUGACAUGUCUAACCUCCCUUAAACUCAGAAACAAUCGCCUCACCGGAAGUAUACCACCAGAGCUUAUGGAUUCAACUAGCCUAACCAACCUAGACCUCUCUGGCAACCAUCUCAAUGGAAGUGUACCCGUUGAAAUAGGUUCUUCUAUUAAUAUGAUUUCUCUAGACCUAAGCGGCAAUAGCUUUACUGGUCUGAUCACAGAAGAGCACUUAGCGAAUCUUACAAGUUUAAAGCAAAUAGACUUGUCUUCCAGCAAUUUGAAGAUUGUAUUGAAUUCAGAUUGGCACCCUCCAUUUCCGCUGAAAUCUGCACGUUUUGCAUCUUGCCAGAUUGGUCCUCUGUUUCCACCUUGGCUUCAGCAUCUGGAAAUCACUCAAUUUGACAUUUCAAACAAUGGUCUAAAGGGUGAGUUUCCUGAUUGGUUCUGGUCAACAUUUUCACAUGCCACAUAUCUGAACAUCUCUAACAACCAAAUAAGUGGCAGUUUACCAGCACAUAUGCAUGACAUGGCUUUUGAACAACUCUGUCUCAGUUCAAAUCUGCUUACAGGACCAAUACCUACGUUGCCAACAAAAUCUAUUUGCAAAAUGGAACAGUUGAUGUAUCUGGAUUUGUCGAACAAUAUUUUGGAGGGUGAAAUUCCUCAAUGUUCUGGCAUCAACGAAAUGCAAGUUCUUAUACUCAGCAACAAUAGUUUAUCAGGAACAAUCCCUGCAUUUUUGCAGAACAACACGGUCGAAAUAACAAAUCUUGGGGAUCUUCAAUUUUUGGAUCUAUCAGGCAACAACUUCUCUGGUGCAAUACCUUGGCAUUUGUCAAACCUAACAUUUAUGGUGAAAUUACAAGAGGAAAUAAUGGAUAUGUUUGACGGAAUUCUUGAUUUCAAAUCAUCCACAGAUUUGAAAGGUUUGACAACAGGAGCUGGUUACCUUCGACAGAUAUUAUCAGUGAUUACCAAAGGACAGCAACUUAUAUAUGGUAGGACAAUUGCAUAUUUUCGGAACAUUGAUUUAUCAUGCAAUUCCUUGAGUGGUGAAAUUCCUACAGACAUCACUUUGCUUGCUGAACUAAUGAAUUUGAAUUUAUCAUCAAACCAACUGAGUGGAAAAAUUCCAAACAUGAUUGGCGACAUGCAUUCAUUAGAAUCUCUUGACCUCUCAAAGAAUAAGCUCUCUGGUGAAAUCCCAUCGGGCUUGUCAAAUCUGACAUCUCUGAGCUACCUGAACUUGUCCUUCAACAGUUUGUCUGGAAGCAUACCAUCUGGCCCCCAACUUGACACCCUAAAUUUGGACAACCCGUCACUUAUGUACAUCGGCAACAAUGGGCUUUGUGGGCCUCCUGUCCACAAGAAUUGUUCAGGAAAUGAUCCUUCCAUCCAUGGCGAUCUCGAAAGCAGCAAGGAAGAAUUUGACCCUUUGACCAUUUACUUUGGGCUUGUGCUGGGAUUUGUGGUGGGGCUCUGGAUGGUGUUUUGUGCACUGCUGUUCAAGAAGAGAUGGAGGAUUGCUUAUUUCCGGCUUUUCGACGAGGCGUACAAUCGGGUCUAUGUAUUUGUGGUUGUGAAGUGGGUAAAGCUUCGCAAAGAAAACAGAUGA